CGGGUUGCUUGUCUAUGAACCGUAUCUUAGAUUGCUGUUUCUUCAUCUUAUGAGAAAACUCCCAUAACUGAACUACAACUUAGUUUUUGCCAUCUCAGUCGCAACUUCUGAAAUGCAAAGGAACAGGGUUUCUUCUUAUUAUUUUGAACAUGGAGUACUACAAAGUUGAUUUAAAAUUAGAACGGGAAACAACAUGAAAGAAGAAGCCUCUUACACCCGAAGCGAGAAGUUGGGAGGAAGAAAGGUUUAGAAGCAAACCGUUAAGUCACUCAUCUGCUCUCAUCUUUUUUAAAAGACUGGUAAUAACCGAGUCCACCCUCCCACUUCCAUCCUGUCGGGCGGCGGUGUGAUUUGACGAUCAGGGCUACUAGGGCAGCUCCACCCGUGCCACAUGCCAAACUUCUCAUUUAUUUUUGGGUGGAAGAGAAAAACGGGAAGCAAAACCAAAACACUUCCAGUGUCCGUUCUGCAGCUGUCACCUGCCCUCCCGUUGGUCGAAAACCUCCCCCAAGUACAAGGCUAAGCACGCGUGCCAUUCCCCAAGCCAGCGGCCCCGGAUCUGUGCAAUCCAGUCUUCUCUCCCGCUUGUACAACGGCCUGCAGAGAGAUGCCCAACGAGAACAAUUUAUUGCGGAAAAUAAUGUUCCGGGCCUCGUGGGGAGCAUGUGGGCGUGGGAAGAGGAAAGCAGCCGGGCUGCGGGGCGAGCUCCGGCGGAGGAAGCUGCUGGGCUGCGCCUGCAAUCGAGCCGCGCUUCCCCUUUCUCUCUUUGGGAUGGAGAUUUCAUCCCAUCAGUCUCAUCUCCUGGAGCAACUCAAUGAGCAGCGCAAGCAAGACCUGUUCUGUGACUGCAAUAUCCUGGUUGAGGGGCAGGUUUUCAAAGCACAUCGAAAUGUGCUGUUUGCCAGUAGUGGCUAUUUCAAAAUGCUCCUUUCCCAGAGCUCAAAGGACACUAGUCAGCCAACAACUGCUUCUUUCGAAGUUUUCUCUCCUGAGACAUUUGUGGUUAUUCUGGACUUUGUGUAUUCAGGCAAACUGUCUCUCACUGGUCAAAAUGUGAUUGAAGUCAUGUCAGCAGCGAGCUAUCUGCAGAUGACAGAUAUUCUUAAUGUGUGUAAAACGUUCAUUAAAUCCUCACUGGACAUUAAUGAAAAGGAGAAGGAUCAUUAUUUCACCCUCUCAGCCAAAAGCCUUAAUAGCGGAUCUGACCGUCCGUCGUUUUAUCGGUCGCGAAGGAAAGCCAAAAGCAACCCCCGACGUUCUCACAUCAUCCCAGAUGAAAAGGCAGGAAUGGAUAAUGAAAAUUCCUGGAGUAAUUACAACAGUUGCCCUUCUCCACAAAUGAAUAUCCAACAGCCAGAAGGACCAAUAACCAAAAGAAUUCAAAAGCUCGGCUCAAUGAAAAGGCGCAGAAAGCAUCUACGGCUGAACCAGGGAUUUGUGCAGUACAAAUCAAACAAACCUGAGCAGAGCAGUGGAAGUUAUGGGGCAUUGGAGUCUAACCACAUUUCUCAACACAGAGAGGAAAUUUACCUCAACACAGAAAAUGAGGAGGCUGGUCCUGACUAUCAGUGUGAGCGAGAAUCGGAGGUGAUACCCAAGAGGUGGUCUGUGGCUCAGGUAGAACAAGAACUUUCAAGAACUUCCCCUGAGUUAAUGGAUUUAAAAGCAGAUGAAUUGUAUACCUCUAUGCCUACAAUUUUAGGUGUAAUGGGUGGUUGGAAUGAAGAUCUACCUAGGAUGAGAUUCAUGUGCCCCUUCUGCACACACACAGUGAAACGGAGAGCAGACCUGAAGCGUCAUCUUCGAUGUCACACAGGGGAGCGACCUUAUCCAUGUGAGGCAUGCGGGAAAAGGUUCACCAGACUAGAGCACCUCCGUAGCCAUUUCCAAACAAUACAUCGAGCUGGCAAACUGAUCUGCAGAAAGUGUAAGCAGCAUGUCACUGACCUAACAGGACGUGUGGUUCAACAAGGAACACGGCGCUACAGGCUAUGUAAUGAGUGUCUAGCUGAAGCUGGCAUGGACAAUAUCCCUAAUGAUGAUACAGAUUCAGAACAUCCCCUCCUAAUCUCCAUAAGAAACAAAAAUUCCAGGUGGCCAUUAGAGGAAGAACACAGAUCAGAUGUAGAGAUAUUGAAGGAUGAAUCUGAUAAAUUGGUUAACCAGCAAGUUAACAAUGAUAGUGCAGAUGAGGCAGAAGAAAAAGUGAAAUCAAAUAUUAGAUAGCUGUAUUUAUAGACGUAUUAGUGCUGAACGCAACACUGACUUGCUAUAUCUUGCCAAUUAACUUUAGACCAUGGUCAACUUAGUUUAUAAUUACUAGAUCUCUAACACUACUUAAAUCUAUGGGAGCAAGAAAGGCCUACAAUCUAACUGACAUAUUGUAGUAUAAGUAUUGUCCAGAAGUGACUGGUUAUCUGGAGAGCUAUUAAAAGGAUUUAUUUUAUAUUUAAUCAAGGCCAGUUCAAAGUUCCUGCUUUCAAGUGUGUAAGACCCAUUUUCCCUUCCCUAUUUCAAAGUCCCUUUUUGUGUUUAGAAAAAGGGGUUUUGGAUUUUUUUUUAAGUUUCAGUAUUAUAAAGGUGUUUAUUCAUCUAGUUUUAAUGUUUACCUGUUUACAAGGAAAGUAAAAUAAUGUAUAGCUUCAAAGCAAAAACCUGUUAUUGAGUAAUUUGCUCUGAAAAACAGUAAGUUACUAAAGCUAGCAGCUAAGAAAUUUUCUUUAGAUGCUAUAUUUAACCUAUACAUUCACUUAUGAAACACUUACAUUUUUUUACUUGUAAUAAAUUUUUUAAAACUGGAAUUCUUCUAAUCUGUUCAGACGGCUUUCCCCUCCCUCUGUGAAAACAUAAUACUUUAAAAAUAAUUACAAAAAAAACACAACCUAAGGAAUAAAUAUACCCCUAUAAAGUAUAGUAUGGAUGGUGUAAGCCUGCACCUUCAAAUGCAGUUUAGAAUAUUAGGAUUUUUCAGCUGAGACUCACUUGACAUGGCUGUUAUGAAAUAAGAGUACUGGCACUGAAGUUCACUAAAAAUGCAAUCUGUAUGAAGAUUCUCUCUGCACACAUUUAAUAUAUUCAGGAUUCCUCCACAUAAGAUAGUCAGGAACAGCGUUAGAAUGCAGAUGAAGAUUUAAAUCCUGUGGGAAAUACUCAAAUGGCUCUAAGACUUAGGAACAUAAGUUCUACUGAUUUGUGACCAAACCUUAUAGAAGUUUCUCCUCCUGUCUAUAGGCCUCAGUAUGCAAGGUGUUCAGAGGCUGCUGAGCACUCAAACAUGGUUUUAUUUUUAGUUUAGAACAGAGAGAGAAGGCUUAAUAAUAUACACAGUUUGAAAUAAGAUAUGUUAACUAACGUCACUUUUUAGAAAUGUAAAUAUUUCCUCACACUUCAAGAAUCUUGCGCAUUGCACCAGGUGCAUAGCAGUGCGGUAUUGAGCCCUUCACACAGCUCAAGCAAACUUUCUUGUUUGUGGAUCUUUUUAAUCGUUACAAACCAUGCUUCAUGGCUCUCCCCCCCCCCCAACUAUAUGGAAGCCUUUCUGUUCCAGAGACACUGAUAAGUCUUAGUAACUGUGGCAAUCUUUCAAAGAGAAAGCCAGGCACUGAAGACUAGCAGUGGAAUAUGGGAUGAACUAAAGCAGGAUAACGCAAAAGUUUAUUGAGGACUUCUUGCAAAGAUAUACUUUUCAAUGGAGGGCCACUGCUAGUGGGAAUAGCUCUCAUAAGAUGUAAGCUCUCAGUGUAGUUGUAAGCUGGAAAGCAAAUUACACAUAAAGGCAAAAAUGGCCACUCAGUGGGUGCAUCUGUAUGUGCACUUUACUGCAGAGUUGACUAAUUGGCUCUGAAGUUAAGUGUCACAGUCUACAUAUGCAUCAAUAUUAGAACGCACUAAGCUAAUUACCGUUCGUCAGGGAUGGUACUGUCUUACAGUGGAGUACUUUACUGCAUUGAAACGUGUAGACACUGACUGGGCAUGUUAAUUGUGCCCAGUCAGCCCAGCCAGCCAGGGCCCUGUGCCACGCUGGUUCAAACUGCUGUUGUCCUGUGUAGAUGCUGUGCCUAGGAGCAGCCGACUCCAACACGAAUGGCUGUGGAGUUUAUCAUGUCACAUUAAUUGCAUGUUUAGAUGUACCCAGUGAGGACAGGAUUCAUUGUUUUGCUUUUCAAUUCUUUUUCCAUGUAAUAAAAAAUGAUAUAAUAAAAGAAUCAUGCUAAGCCCCACAGUUUGCUCUGGGGGCUCCAUGUUACAGGCCCCUGGCACAUAGGAUAUGUAGUAGGUGUUCUUGGAAGGACGUUUGCAGACAUCCGCUAUAAACAUACACCUAUGUAUCUGCCCUGUCAGUAAAUACUUAGAACAGGAGGUAUUUACCAGGGUGCUGCAUUGCUCACAGCAGCAUAUUCAUUUAUUUAAUCAUUUAAUGCUCAUGUCUCCCAUGCUCCAAUAAUUUCCAGGAGCCUUUCAAAAAAACCCAAACAUUUGAAAUGCCUGCAAGUCUUUGCACGAAGGCACCAGUGAUGACGGUUUGCCCCAGGAGCCGAUGCGGCCUUUAAAAACGAAGAUCCUUCCUAUGUUUGCAAGCAAUCUAAUUUGAACAAGACGGAGAUCCCAGUUCCUCGUUAGCAGGAGAGAGGCCAGGUAGUACCUAUUUUCACAUUUUCAAGCAAGGUGGGAACAGAACAAUUGCCAGGGCCGCGAGCUUUGGGUUCACAUUUACCGAUUUGAGGUCACAUUUACCUUUCCAGAGGAUGGUCCUGUGCGUCUGACUGCCCCUCCAUCUGCACCUAGGGGAAAAAAACCAAAACAAAACAUGUUACCUUGUAGAUUUUUCUUGCGGGAUUUCAUAAAUAAUGGUAAUGUGCUGACUUCCACCCCGCCGCCCCCACUCCCGAAGAGCUGCCCUGGGGUUGAAGGACCAACACCAACGACACGGGGCCAGAAGAAAUACCUCAGACGUCGCUCGCUGCUCUUCCUCCUCAUCUCGCCGACAACCCUGCUGGUCCUGCAGCAAGCUCUCCGGCAAAGGCUUCCUGAUAGAGACCCCCAACUUCAUCUCCGGUCGUUGUGGCAUGGCCUGGACCUUCCCCGCUGGCUCCUCAGGCUGCCCCACUCUUCCUCGCUGGCCCUUUUUACACAGCACCCCAUGGCUCCCCACUCCUUGCACGCUUCAAAGUGGAGGCCCCUCUAGCUCCUUAAGCUAAAACAAAACCUACACCCCUGCAACAUGGAAGAUAUCGAAUUCAGCCCUUUGAGAUGGAAACUUAAAUCCCCCCCCCCCCAAGUAUUUAAGUUGUUCUAAUAAAAGAUAGAAACCCAAAAACCUUGUCAGCCUACGUCCUGAGACCAACACGGCUACAACCUACAUCCCUUAAUCAGUUUAAACACACCUCAGGGGUCAUCUCCCCCACCCCGCCCGUGUUUGCCCCCCUCAGGCUGUCCUGCUCUCCUGACAGGAACAAAACUCGAGGCACCAUUGGUCUGAACAGUCACCUGACUCCGUCAGCCAAUGGGAUGUUAGCUGAGGGAACCGCUUUCCCGCCAAUGGCCUGAGUGACAGCCACACGGCCCAAUAGAACCCCUCUCAGCCCCUCUGGCUCCAGUGGGCGGGGCCUGCCUGGGCUCCUUUCAUCUCCUCAGAGCCUCCUACCCGUUGCAAGGGUAGCACUACACUCCUGUGGGAAGAGCACAACUCCCAACCGUGUUGGCCACAUACGCUCCUUCCCACACCAAACCCAGCCAAUCUGUCGCACGCCAUCUUUGUCCCCCCAGUUUAAGUAACCUCUCCCAUCUCUGAGGCGGAAGGCAACACAGAGGAUGCGUUGCUUGAGGGACGAAUGCACUGGGCGGUAAGCCCAUUUGCAACCCCUUCCCACUGACCACCCGUAAGGCAGCACUUUGAACUCGAUCCCUAAAACACAGCCUGUCGCUAGAGCGGCGCCAAGAUUCGACUAGACCGGCUGGACCUUCACAAUAGAGUUGGACAGAAGUAACUGGUUUCAGCAAAAAUCAAACAGAGGGUACCAUAAAAAGGGGAAGAUGUUAAAAUAAGCUACUUAAAUGAACCCGCUCUUUCUUCACUCCGUUGCUUUCUGAAAAAUAAAAAUGAAGGACGAUCGAGCGCGACUACUCAGUGUAGGAUAGACUUGCUUCUUCAGACACUUGGGCUGGAUUUCAGGCAUGCAAUGCUAAGACAGGUUGGAAACCCCCAAACCGUACUCACUCCUUUCUGGGACUAUUCGGCAGGUCAUUCCUUCUCCUUAAAGUGCCUUCUUUUUACAAACUAUGAUCUUAAAUUACCAUUUUGAGGGAUAUUCAUUGCCCUGCGUGGAGCAGUAAUGAGAACAGCGAGAGCCCCUCACAAUACAUCUGUACACUGCUUUGAAAAGAAACAUUAAUUCUCAUUUAUACCAAAGACGAAUAGAACAAUAAUAACGGGCAAGUGCUCAAUCCUGUGCAAAAUUAGGUACAAAUGCAACUUUACUCAUCCUAAACAUCCACUCUCCAAAAACUAGUCACACAUUCACAAACAAUUCCUUAGAAAUGCAGAUUUUCAGUUGCAAUUUUGUUUUUCCUUAAAAGAGACUUGUUUGUUCACCUCCCUCGGUUUUUGCCUAUCCCACCCAACACCAAACCUGAAAACAAAGGAUUUGUCUUCUCAUUACUGGGGGCAGGGAGAAGCAAAAAUAACCAACUGAAAAAUCCUAAGUGGAGACAAAGCACUUACAAUGUUUGGUGCAAACCAACAAGGAGACAUCAUCAUAUGAAUAGUUUAGUGCACAGUGGAACUAGAGUGCCGUGUCUCCAUUUUUCUUAUGAUUUCAAAUAAGGGAUAGCCAGUGAAUAUUAGUUUGGAGGGGCUGGGUAGGGGACACACUUCUUUUUUUUUUUUUAUUCCAGGAGUGAGUGGAUAGUGGAAAUGCCAGUGGAGGAAAGUUCAAGUAUUUAAGGAAAGGCAAGGGAACUUUCCUCAGCAAUUGCACACCAGGGUCUAAGAAGAGUGUGCUGUGUAAUCCAGCGAAAAAAAAGUACUAUGUAAACAUCAUGUGUAGCCUCCUAUGCUGCUUGGGAGGUUGAUAUUAUGCUUUCUAAAGGAGAAUACUAAAGCAGCCAAUUUAUAUAGACUUGUAUACAUUAAAAUAGAACAGAAUUUUCCUUUUUAUUGCAAGAGACCAUUGUCCUGAAACUGCAGAUGAUUUUGGUAGAUGCCUUUCUACACCAGCAGUGAAAUCCAGCCUUCACUUUUUUGGAAGAAUGAAAGGAAUAAUUAAUACUCCAGUCACAUGGAUACUGCUUUAUUAGGUCAGAAUAUCAGUUAACACUAUAUGGAGAUUUAGCACCACCUGGUGGCAUCUUUUCUAAUAUCAUUUAGAUAUUUUUGAAGGUGUUUGCUGCUUUAAAAUCGUCACAAUGCGCUUAUCAUUUUCCUAAAAAGACCUCAGGUGGCAGAGAUCUU